AUGGAGAACAUUUGUGAAUUUUGCAUGGCAUUAAGGCCAAUUGUGUAUUGUAAGUCUGAUGCCGCACGCCUUUGCCUCUUCUGUGAUGCCAAGGUUCAUUCUGCUAAUGCUCUUUCCAGCCGCCACCCUCGCACUCUUGUUUGUGAGGCUUGUAGAAGACGACCGGUCUAUGUUCGAUGUUUUGACCACGAAAUGUUCAUGUGCCGAAGUUGUGAUAAUAGCCAUCACGCCUCUUCCCAACACCAGAAAAAAGUGGUCAGAAGCUAUGUGGGGUGCCCUUCUGCCCUGGAUUUUGCUGCAUUGUGGGGUUUUGACUUAAAUGAAUCGGAAAACAAAAGUAUUUUUAAAGAUCAUUAUGUUUUUGCUUCAGUUACAGCAGAUUCAGAAUCUGAAGAGGGAUCUUGCAGUCAACAAACCGAGGUAGUUAAGGAUGAUAACUGUCAGAAAAAUACUUGCAUGAGCAUUAUUCUGCAACAAAUUCUAGAUUUAAAAAGGCUACAGCUCUCUGAGGGCAGUGACAAUUCUUGUUUAGUACGUGGCAAAGGGAAAGCAGAUCAAUCAUCAGUUAAGGGUGAUGCAGUGUCGAAAGUGCAGAUGGAGCAUUCACUUGAUCAACAUUAUAAAAUUCAAUAUAUGGGUAGUCCUCAAGAGGAGAUGCCUGAGGAAUCUUUUCUGUCACAGCUGGGCCAUUUGAUAAGCACUGAAAAUUCUUUGCAGGGAGACACGUUUUGGCAGUGUAAAAGUCCAGCUUUCAGUAAUGAGCUUUGGCCUCAAAAUAUGCAAGACAUUGGAGUUUGUGAUGAACUACAAUGUUUUGAUGAUCUCCGCAUACCCGAUGUUGAUUUGACAUUUCAGAAACAUUCAUCAUUCAGUAAACCAGAAAGUUUCCUAGCAAGAACUAUGGAGGAUAUCUCAGGGGCUACCUCUGCGUGCAUUGUGCAAUCUGCUGAUGCAAACAAAGUUUUUAAUUCUUCCGAUCAAGUUCUUCACUUCCAAACAAUUAACGAAUAUCCUCAUCCAAUUCAGCCAUCUUAUUCAACAUCAUCAUUCUCCGUAUCAAGGAUCACUGUUGAAAGCAGUACUGAAUACAAGGAUGAUGGGCUUUUUCCUAAGGUUAAUGAACAGUUACUCUUAGGCAAUUCAUCUACUCCUGAGAAUGCAAAGUUGGAUGGUAAAGAAAAUGUCAUAAUGAAAUCCAAAGGGAAGGCGGCUCGGUGGUAUGAAAAGAGAGUUCGAUAUUCAUCCCAAAAAGCUAAAUCUGAUGGCAAGAAAAGGGGGAAAGGAAAAUUUUUGAGGGCACAAGCCUAUGAAUCCGAGUCUGUCAGUGUAACUCGAAGCUUUUAA